CAUCUUAAGUGCUUGACUUAAUAUUCCCGUUGAGUUUAAUUAUUUUGACAAUGGCUUUUCACUCACAUUAUUAUGAAAAAUUUUGGUUCUGCAUUUUGUUUUCCUUGUUGGCCAUAGCUAUAUCUGCUGAUCAGCUAGCUUCAGAUUUCUAUGGCACAACAUGCCCCAAAGCCCUCUCCACCAUUAAAUCUGCAGUGGUCAGUGCAGUUGCCAAAGAACACCGCAUGGGCGCGUCCUUACUCCGUCUUCAUUUCCAUGACUGCUUUGUUAAUGGAUGUGAUGCAUCGGUUCUAUUAGAUGACACUUCGAGUUUCACGGGAGAGAAGACAGCUGGUGCAAAUGUGAACUCCCUGAGGGGUUUUGAAGUAAUUGACGACAUCAAAACUCAGGUGGAGUCUGCUUGUCCUGGAAUUGUUUCUUGUGCAGAUAUUGUUGCUGUUGCUGCUCGUGAUUCUGUUGUAGCAUUGGGAGGUCCAUCAUGGAGUGUUGGAUUAGGCAGAAGAGACUCAACUACUGCAAGCAAAGAUGGUGCCACAAGUGAUAUCCCAUCCCCUCUAAUGGAUCUCAGCGACCUCAUCUCUGCUUUUUCAAAUAAAGGCUUCACCACCCAAGAGAUGGUAGUCCUCUCAGGAGCUCACACAACAGGGCAAGCCAGGUGCCAGAUGUUCCGAGGCAGGAUUUAUAACGAGACCAACAUUGAUUCAGACUUUGCAACAUCAGUGAAGUCAAAUUGCACAAGCACUGGGGGUGACAGCAACCUCUCCCCACUUGAUGUUACCACCAAAGUGUUAUUUGACAAUUCUUAUUUCAAGAAUCUUGUAAACAAGAAAGGACUCCUGCAUUCUGAUCAGCAGCUCUUUAGCGGCGGUUCAACUGACUCACAGGUCACUACCUAUAGCACAAGCUCUUCCACUUUCAGUGCAGACUUUGCAAGUGCCAUGGUGAAAAUGGGAAACCUCAGUCCUUUAACUGGGAAAAAUGGUCAGAUUCGUACCAAUUGCCGCAAAGUCAACUAAAAUUGGCACAAGUAGUAUGAUGAGCAAAAAAUGCACAUCAAUAUUUCAUGUAUUAUGCUUUUUCCUAGUAUGUGUCUAGUCAUAAUGUUCUAAGAAUCUGAAAUGUGGCAGUACUUAAGGUGUUCUUUUAGUUCUUCAUUAUGAAUUUAUCAAUUGUAAUGUGUGGUAGUCAGUCAUGGAUUGAGUGUUGAUUGAAAAAUAAUGGUAAUUAAUUACUCAUUCCUAUGAAUGAGGAUAUUUUCCCUUUGAUGGAAUAUAUAAAAGUUAGUAUU